AUGAAUAAAGAAAAUUUAAAUAUUCAAAGAUCAACAGAGAGAAUACCAUUUUCAAAUAUUUCAAAUAUUACAAGAAAUGAUUCAAUUAAAAGAAAUAAUUCAAAUAUAAAUAAUCAAAUAGAUUUGAGACCACAAAUCGAAAAUGCUAACAAUAAAAUAAAAGAACUUGAAGAGCAAUUAAAAUCAAAAAACGUUGAAAUUAAUGAUUUAAAAACAAAAAACUCACUUUUACUCUCAAUUUUUUAUUCAAAUAGAAACGAUAGACAAGAGGAUAUGAUAUUUAAUAAUAAUAGAAUCAGAAAAAUUCAAGAGUUAACAAACCACAACCAAGUUUUAUUACAACAAAUUCAACAAAUUGAAAAUGCAAAUGAAACAUUCAAAGAUAGAACCACAACCCUUCAAAGUAACCACCGUGUUAGACUCAUCCAAAAAUUAAAAUGUGAAAAUAAAACAUUAAAAGAUAAAUUGCAACACCAAGAACUCCAAUUACAAAAACACUUUGAAGAGAGCCACACUCUAUCCAAGGGCAAAAAAUCAUUAAAACAAUCCCCAAUUAAAUUAAUAAACUAUUCAAACUAUAGUACAUUAAUUCAUCAAAAUAGUUUUAAUAAUACACCAGAUGAAGAAACAGAUAUUUAUUGUGGCGAAUGUUAA